AUGCUCACUACCACCACUGUUCUUGCUGCACUGUGCUUUCUUCCUGCACACUCCUUUUAUCUUCCUGGUGUUGCUCCGCAUGAUUAUCUAAAAGGUGCCAAAGUGGAGUUGUUGGUCAAUGCCUUGUCCUCUCCUGAAACAGUGAGUUUUGGUACCGUCAUGCCAUUUGACUACUAUUAUACGCAGUUUCAUUUCUGUCUACCAAAGAAUGGUCCUGAACCACAGAGCGAGUCUCUUGGUAGCGUGCUUUUUGGUGAUCGUCUGUUCUCGUCUCCUUUUGAGCUUCGAAUGGCAGAAAAUACCACCUGCACACACUUGUGUGAAACCAGUAUCGAUUCGUGGGAUGCAGGUUUCAUCAACGAAGCCAUUAUGGAAAAAUACUUGAUCAACUGGAUGGUCGAUGGUCUUCCUGCCGCCGCUAAAAUUCGUAAUGAAGUUGAUUUUUAUUCCACCAUUGGAUUCCCUUUAGGAUCCAUUACACAGGAUGGAAAACCUGUUCUCAACAAUCAUUAUGAAAUUUACAUUUCAUACCAUAGUGAAAAUAUGGAAAAAUUCCGUGUGGUUGGUGUGCAGGUUGCACCCACUUCUAUUCUUGCUAGUAAUGGAAAAAACAAUUGCGAAUCUACUGGCUCUCAAUCACAUCUACUUCUUACAGUAACUCCUGGCGAAUCUACACCCGUAUCGUUUUCGUACAGUGUCAAGUGGAUUAAAUCAGAAACUCCUUGGGGAACUCGCUGGGAUCACUAUCUGUUUACUACAGAUACUAAAAUCCACUGGUUUAGUGUUGUUAAUUCCGCAACAGUGGUGUUUUUGCUGAGUGGCAUGGUCAUGAUGAUUUUACUGCGUGCCUUGCGUCGUGACAUUGCUCGUUACAAUGAAGUGGAUAAUCAGGAUGCACAGGAAGAGUUUGGAUGGAAGAUUGUACAUGGAGAUGUGUUUCGUGCACCACCUUAUCGCAUGCUUCUGUCUGUAUUUGUUGGAAGUGGUGCACAGCUUGGUCUUAUGGCUACUGUGACUGUUGCAUUUGCUGCACUUGGAUUUCUUUCCCCAUCAAGUCGUGGAUCUCUCACAACUGUGAUGCUCGUGUUCUAUGUGCUCUUUGGUUUUGUUUCUGGGUAUACUUCGUCACGUCUAUACAAGCUUUUUGGAGGCGAGGCAUGGCGUCAAAAUGUUCUCAUGGCUGCCUUUUUGGUUCCAGGAACUGUUUUUGGUAUUUCAUUGAUUCUUAAUUUCUUUUUAAUUGGUGCCAAAUCGUCUGGUGCGGUUCCAUUCGGCACUCUGUUUGCAUUGAUUGCAUUGUGGUCUCUUGUUUCUGCACCACUUUGUCUUUUUGGUGCAUAUUUUGGAUUUAAAAAAGCUAGAAUUGAAGUGCCUGUUCGAACAAAUCAGAUUCCUCGACAAAUUCCCGACCAGCCAUUCUAUCUCAAGUUUCUGCCAAGUAUCAUGCUUGGUGGAAUUUUACCUUUUGGCGCAGUAUUCAUUGAACUCUACUUUAUCAUGAGCAGCAUUUGGUCCAAUCGCGUAUACUACGUUUUUGGAUUUCUCAUGCUUGUGUUUUUCAUUUUGGCGCUUACAUGCUCUUUGAUAUCGAUCCUCAUCACAUACUUUCAACUAUGCGCCGAAAAUUAUCAUUGGUGGUGGCGAUCCUUUUUUGGUAGUGGAUCUGCUGGCGCAUACAUGUUCAUAUAUGGUAUUUCUUACUACAUUACGCGGAUGGAAGUGCGUGAUCCAGCAUCUACCAUUCUUUACUUUGGAUGGACGUUGAUUAUGAGUAUGCUGUUUUGUAUCCUAACUGGAUCGAUUGGAUUCCUGGCAUCUUUUUAUUUUGUGCGAAAGAUUUACUCUGCAAUCAAGGUGGACUAA